AUGUCGGCAGAUCCUGUCGUUGGUAUUGGAUGGGAUGUCUUGAAGAGCUAUGUAGUUGUUCCCAUCGAACGUGGAUUCGGACACGUGAUCUGCUCCAAGCGAUUCGCCGACCGUCUUCGGGGGGAAGUCCAGAAUCUGGAGAACGAGGAUCAGAGGGUCAAAAUUCUUGCGGACGAGGCUAGAAGGAAUGUUCGGAAAUUGCUCGAUGUCUUCACAACGUGGAAGGCAAGUGCUGAGAAGGCCUUGGAAGAGGCGCGAGAGCUGUUGGAUGACUUCGAAAAGGCGACCAAUACUUGCUGCUACGGGACUCUUCCCGACCCCAAAUCUCGCUACCAGUUUAGCAGGAAGGCCGAGGGCAAGAUCGAGGCCAUUAAGCAACUCACUCAAAAAUGCAUCAGAUUCAACGGAUUGAACGACAUCUCCUUCAUCGAUCCUGCUUUCACUUCUUCUGCCUUGACGUCAAUGAAGCUUGAGGAUGAUGGUGUCUUCGAAUCCAGAGCUUUGAUGAUACGGAACAUCAUGGGCGCUCUUGCUGACAAUACUAAUAGUGUGGUCGGGGUUUAUGGGAUGGGCGGGAUCGGCAAGUCCACCCUUUUACUGGAUGUUGAAAGGAAAGUAAGCGAAGAGAAGUCGUUUCAUUGGGUCGCGAAGGCCGACGUGUCGGAAAAUCCAGACAUCAAGACGAUUCAAGGAGAGAUUGCGGAUGCAUUGGGCCUUAAUGAGAUAAAGAACAAAGAGACUAUCAGCGGGCGAGCCAAACUUCUGCACGGGAGGUUGAAAGACGAGGAGAGGGAGAAAAAGAAGGUCCUCAUAAUACUGGACAACCUGUGGGAGGGGCUCGACUUAAACAAAGUCGGCAUUCCUUGCGGACAUGACAACAAAGUCACGGGAUGCAAAUUGUUGUUGACGUCAAGAGAUCGUGAUGUUUUGCGAAGGAAUAUGGGCUGCGACAAGGACUUCCUCCUCGGUGGGCUGAAGGAGGAAGAGGCAAAAAGAUUGUUUGAGAGGAUUGUGGGAGCCAAAGUUCGUGAUGACGAUUUCAAACCUUUGGUGAAUGUAGCCCUCAACAAAUGCGCAGGUGUGCCUUUCCUAAUUGUUGCAAUGGCGAAACGUUUUAAAGAUGCUAAUUUGUCUGAAUGGAAAGAUACUUUGAAAAAAGUCGAGAAGUUUAAAGAUAAAGAAAUCAAUGACUCAAUACACCAUAUGUUGCAAUGGAGUUAUGAAAAAUUAGAAGAGGAGGUGAAGUCAUUAUUACAACUGUGUGUUGUUUAUGGUAUUUCCAAGCCUUCUCUUGAAAACUUGGUGAGGUACAGCGUCGGUUUGGGGUUAUUUCAAGAAGUUAGCAGCAUGGAAGAAGCUAGAAAUAGAUUGAGCUCACAUAUCCGCACUCUUCAAGCCUCCUCCCUUCUAUUAGAUAGUGAAGAUGCUUAUGGUUUCAAGAUACAUGACUUGGUUCGUGAGUUUGUUGCCUCCGUUGCUUCAAGAGAUCACUCUUUUUUCGUAUUGAAAGAUAAAGAUAAGUCGAUAAAAGAGUUGCAGAAGAGCAAGCUCGAAAGUUAUAGGGCAAUAUGCUUUCCAUACGUUGACAUGAAAGAGCUUCCCAAAGAAUUAGAUUGCCCUGAGUUGCAGAUCUUUUUGUUGUUCACAAACAACAGAUCUCUUAAUGUCCUGAUUCAUUAUUUCACUCUAUGA